GUACUAAGCAUUCUUCGUUAGGGUUUCUGGGCGUUGGAUGGAGAUCUUUCCAGUAAUUUUGAUAUGUUAAUGUUUAAUAUGUUUGACACGAAGAAUCAACAAUUUUGAACUUCAUGCAAACUAGUUCAGUGUCAUGCUAUUUCGUGUCUACACGUUUCAUGCACCAAGGCUCCUUUUACGACGCACCUCACCACGUUCAGUUUUAAAACAACCUUUGGCCAAGAUGGAACCACGAAGUAACAUGAGAACAAUGUUUUCCCUGCUUUUGAUCUUGAUUGAUAUGGUAUCGGCUCAAGUGGACUUGCUCGAGUCCGAGGUUUUAAGCAUGAGAUUUGGACUGGUCAUCUUAUUCCGGGAUGAUGAUUUUAAAGUUUCGGAGGCCGUGAAUUUUGUAAGCGAUCAGUUAGUAUUUAAAACGUUUGUCAGUGAUGCCGAGGACGUCAACGAUUUCAAUGGAACCAUAGUGGACCUGCACCCCAAGUCCAACCUCAAACCUCGUUAUGAUGAUGAUCCAUAUGCAUUCCGACGUAGGUGGUUGUUGGCCGACUCAGAUCAUAAUAGGAGACUUGUAGUCAAAUCUGGUCCCACCUUUGAUUCCAAGGUCUAUCUAUUGGCAUCUCAAAACACCUCGAUCUCCAUAUCAGAGAUGUACUUGGUUGGAUCCCACACGGUUCCAACCCAAAGAGUGGUGGAGGUCUGGAUCAAUGGAACCAAUUCAAAAGAUUACGAGUACAUCUGGCGGCGAAGGUAUGACUUGAAGGGAAUGAAACUCAAAAUUGGAGCACUGAACUACCCGUCAAUGAUCACUGUGGAUCACGAGGAUCCAACCAAGGCCACUGGCUUCUCUGCCGAGUUGCUCAUGAUCCUAUCUAAAGGGAUGAAUUUCACCUUUGAAUACAUCCAACCUGAGCGCAAUGUUUUUGGAACAAACACCGAGGCCGAAGAGUGGACCGGAUUGGCUGGACUUCUGGUGAGAAACGAAGUGGACAUUAGUGCUAAUCUGGUGCCAAUGACAUACGAACGGACUGAUGACAUGAACUUCUCUCGUGGAAUAACAAUGGAACAGAGUGUCUUCGUGUACAGAGAUCAAUAUGGAACAAUCAUCCCAUUGCAGAGGGUUUUCUCGUCAGAAGUCAUCGCCAUCUUUGUGACCAUUUUCUUUGUCCUGAUGGGGAUUGCUGUUUUCAUAUCCUGGUUGUAUCGGAAAGGUCGCUUCUUUCAUUUCUACAUCCUCGAGAUCGUCCUUAUCACUUUGGCUUCGAUCACCAAUCAAGGGUUCCAAGAGAGGUUAUCGGUGAGCUCCAUGCGGAUUCUUCUGUACACAUCUUUGCUCCUGGGACUGCUCUUUGUACAAGUGCUCUCGGCCCGACUAGCCUCGUUGGUCAGCGUUCAUAUGGAUUACAAGCCAAUCAACACUUUCGAAGAGGUGAUUGACCAAAAGCGGAAUCUCUACGUUCUCGGACAGUCAAGCCGAGAGGAGUAUUUUUCCAAGGCCAAUUGCGGCUCCUCGGCCCACGAGAUCUGGAAUAAUCAAAUGAGUCUGGAGGAUUAUUUUCAUCCACCCAAUUUGACCAGCCUCAUGGACAAUGCUAUGGCAGAUGAGAGUGGGGUCCUGUGGGUCAAUCCCGUGGUUUUCAAGCUAUGGGCGUUCCAUCACCGAAAGGAAGCUUGCGUUCUAAACAUCAGACGAGAGCGACGAAGCAUCCACCAGGCUUUUGGAGUGAGAAAGGAUUGGCCUUACUUGCCGUCAUUGAACUAUCGGAUCCUCAAGGCCAUUGAAACCGGCUUGGUCAGUCAACUUCAGGAGGAGUGGCAUCAUCCUCAGCACCUGGAACCGGAGUCGUAUUGUCCUCGCCGAGAGGAGGAACAGAAACGGGUGGGGAUCCGGGAUAUCAAGGCCUAUUGGUACAUCCUCUGCGGUGGCAUUGGAGUGGGUAUGGUACUCUUCCUUGGCGAGUAUUUGGGCAAGAAGCGACAACAAUACAAAGCAUAUCGGAAAUACCGAAAAGCCACGAAGCGAAGGCGGGACAUGGAUAGCACGUGUGACUCCAUCCUCAUGGAGACUCGAUUGCCCGGGAUCGAAGUGGAAGAGACCCAGAUCACAUUUGGCGAUCCUGUUCCGAAUGAUGAAAGGGACUUGGAGUCCAGAGCAUAUAUGUAGCCUCCCAGUCUGAGUGAAUCCAUAGCCAACUAACUUUGAAACAAGAAUCUCCCCUCCCUCUUCGAGAAUACCUUUUGCAGUCCCCAAUUACCCCACCUAUCAAUUAGACUUGUGAGCGCUUCAAUCCCUUCUUUAAUUUUCAGUCGCCUUAUCUUGCCACCCAUGGUUUAUUUCGGUAGAAUUGCCAAGUUUUUACCCCGUUCCACAACUCUUACACCCUUGUUAGACUUGAAUGGAGCCACCAAGAGAUCCUACACGAUACUGUGCGAGUGCCUACAGUGUGUAGAGGGCGAGUAAAAACAAACAUGGACUUAAUUUGAAACUUCGAAUCCUGCCGACGACUUUUUGGCACUCGGAACCCCUGAAGCUUCCAACGAAUGAGUGAGCUCGCUGCAUGAACAAUGACAUAAACCUACUGAACCGUCGUAAUGAUUGGCUUGGAAAAAACAUGGAUAUGGUACAAGUCGUUUGUCUUCAUUCUCGGAAGUACAUGAGGCCUUCGUCACUAAUGAGCAAUUGGUUCGCAUUGCUGAUGUCUGUCAAAAUAAUGUGCAAAAAAUCGCUAUGUAAAUGAUGGAGCUUGCCGCUGAAUCGGCGCUUUGUUUGUUCAAAAAUCUCAGAGGAAACCAUGAAUUAUAGCUUGAGCCGAAUUUGCCAAGCAUAUUCCAAACCAUCUCCAAGGCCUCCCAGGCAUUUCCAUUUGUACUUGAGUUUUAUUUCGUCUCAUUUUUUUCGUAGCCAAAGUGCAUUUUGGCAUCUUUUGAGCGACACGUCCCUCUUGCCAAUCUUGACCGCAUUUCAGGGAAAACCUCUUAUUGUCAACCAUCUAUCUUGAGAAAAGGCUUCUUCUUCUUUUUCUUCUUCUUCUGAGCACUGUUGCUUGUCUCUUUUACGUUGGACAACUAGCCCUUUUACUGCAUGUAGUACCUGUAUCUAUUCUAAACGUGCUUGACAGAGGUGGUCUAUGGGAUUCAUCGUUAUCAUGGUUGCUCGGAAUUGUCCAAUAAAACACACUUCUGUGGAUGAUCUGUUUCUGAGAAGGUGUUAAAAACUCGUUCAGCCAAUCUAAGUUCAGUUCACAUUUGAGACGCUGUGCAAAUAAAACUCACAUCACUCCGGCGAGUGGUUGCAUUUCAGCAGAUUUGAGCACGAUAAGAAGCCAAGAAAUGGUUCGCGAAAAAGGUCAACGAUAUUCC